GAGCCAAGCAGGACAUGGCCCGCCAGGUGCGCGAAUACCAGGAGCUGAUGAAUGUCAAGCUGGCUCUGGACAUCGAAAUCGCCACCUAUAGGAAACUGCUGGAAGGAGAGGAGACCAGACUGGCCAGUGGAGGCUCCAGUGCAACCAUCCAUGUGCAGCAGACCUCUGGAGGUGGUGGAUUCUCCAGCUCCAGCUCCGGCGGGGGAUUCAGCUAUGGUGGUGGUUAUGGCAGUGCUCUUACCAAGUCCACAGUCUCAACCACCAGUUCCAGGAGAGUCUAUUAAAAAGAAAACCUGUCCUUCUUCCUGUUCCACUCUUAAAUUUGAUCUGUACCCUUUCAUGGUGAUACACUAUACUGUUUCUUAAUGUACAAGAAAAGGGUCAGGAAAAAGAAAGUUUUGAUGGAUCCUUAAAACUAAGCAAGGAAAGCAUUUGAAAAUCUCUAUCUUGACAACUUCGACUUUUUGUACUGUAUCUGACAAGGGUAGGAUGUUUUCAGUUGACAUAUUCACUCCUACAUUUGAGCACUGAUUAGUAAGUGGAAGAAGAAGUCAAGUAACUUUGAACUGAUUGGCUUCUGGCUUGUUCUUUUUCCUGUCAGAUAUU